CGAAAAUUUAAAAAAUGGCGGCAUUUAAAUCCCACGUUGUUGCCAGCCUUUUAAACAAUUGUUUGGAAAAUAUUUCAAAAAAUUUAACCGUACACGAAGAUUUAUUUGAGAUUCUACCCGUCGAUAUUAAAAGCGAGUUAACCAAAAAGUUAUCCAUGCGUGGAUUACUCAGAGAUUGGCAUUUGCAAAAGGUUUGUCGAUCGACCCGACGACCCCUCGCUUUGUUUACAUUUUUUAUUUUGUUUAUAUUUGAAUCGUGCGGCACAUUGUGGCCAUAUGAGUGAGAAAAUAUAAUGUUAAUAAUGUUAAUUGCUUUCAUGAUAUGUUUAGUCUUGUAUUUCGAGGCAAAUAAAUGGAAUUCAAUGGAAUGUACACACAUGACACCAUCAACUGUCAAGCCUGUCAUAUAACACAUGAUUGACUGAUUGAUUAAAACCUGCCAAAUGUUUAAUUAUUAAUAGCCAUAUUUUUAUAUUCAGUUACUGCACCCAAAGAUGCGUUCGCUAAAUCUCAGCUCAUGUGAAAUAACGGAUGGCGGUCUCGCUGUUAUUGCGGACAGAUGUAAAUCAUUAUCAAAGCUGGACUUAAAUGCAGAAAAUGAACCAAGAAUUGAUAUCACAUCGAAUGGUAUCUUUAGUCAUUAAAAUGUUAUAGUGAAAGUGCUUUUAACCAAACCAACACAGAGCUAAACUAACUUUAUCUAUACUGGAUGGCUCUAUCAUUUCUUAAUCUACUAUAAAGAGGUCCAUGCAGCAAGAGCCAUCCAUUAUUGUUCCAGUGUUACUACAAGAGGAAACCAGAGUAGUGGAAGCACAUUUCUCACAUGUGACUGAGGUAAAAUUAUAAUCAGACAAAUGCAUAUUAUGAAUCAAGUGAUUAUGAGACUGAUGUGCAGCCUACAUCACUAACGAGGCUUGCCCAAAAGUUAAACCCAGGUUACAGAAGAGAAAGUUAAAUGCACAAACCAUAAUGCCCCCCCCCCUGCCCCCCACCUCAUUAGAUCUUGAAGACUAUUGAUAGUAUAUUGUAUUUUAGGCAUAACGGCACUAUCACAAUCUUGCAAAAUGUUGCAGACUAUAUAUCUCCGACGAUGCUUGACGAUGAAUGAUGAUGCUGUGGUUGCUAUAGCAACUAACUGUCCAUACCUAACGAACCUUAACCUUGGUGGCUGUCAUCAGCUCACAGAUACGUCAUUGUUUGCCCUUGCAAAAGAAAGUCGAAAUCUGUCAAGCGUGAAUAUAUCCCAUACACAGGUAGCAUGACCAAGAAGGGAAAUUAAUUAGGCAAAUAAUCAAUCAAUCAAUGAAGUCGAUCAAUCAAUAAUGCCAAAAUAAUCAAUCUGAAUCAAUGAAGUCGAUCAAUCAAUAAUGCCAAUUCAUCAAUAAAUUAAAUUAGUCAAAACCAUCCAGCAGUUCAGUGCAUAUUCAGCUCAGUAUGCACUGAUCUCACAAUGAUACAGGACUGCCCAAUUGUCGAGUUGCAUAUUCAGCUCAGUGUCCACUGAUCUCACAAUGAUACAGGAGCACCCAAUAGUCCAGUUUAAUAUUAAGCUCAGUGCACACUGAUCUCACAAUGAUACAGGACCGCCCUGUAGUUCAGUUAUAUUCAGCUCAGUGUACACUAAUCUCACAAUGACCUGUGUUCAGUUAUAUAAUGAGCUCAGGGUGCACUGAUCUCACAAUGAUUCAACCUACACUGGACCGCCACGUUUGAGAUAUCAAGUGAUUUAUAAAUACACGACUAUUAUCCAAACUUUUUAGGUCAGUGAUGCUGGUUUGUGUGAUUUAGCAAAUGGAGUUUGCCAGCAAAGUUUAAAAGUAAGUUUCUCCAGCCUGAAUUGUAUAAAACGCAUCGAUGUGCUGGUUCUUUACAAUAUGUUCUCUAGGAAGUCCACAUUGCGCACUGCUUGGGAGUGACAGACGUCUCCGUCUUUGAACUGGUGGAACAUUGUCAACGUCUCAAUAUCUUGAUUCUUCACAACUGUCCAGGUAUUACAGAGAGAUCAAGGGAUGCGCUGGAGACCUUACAAAGACGAGGAUCAAAGCAAUUGUCAUGGACUGUUUACUGAGAUUCAUAGCUAGGCAUUUAUGUAAAUAUGUAAAAUAACAAAGAUGUAGUUUUUCACUGCUAUGUAUAGUUUAAAUAUAUGACUUGGCGUUGUGCAGAUGUG